AUGAAGACUUUUGGUUCGCUUGAAGUGACGGACCAAAAAUGGGGCUUUUUCCUGAAGGACGCACCUUUCCGAAGCCGUUCCUGGAUGCUUGCAUGGUCCUUGGACGGCGAUGACUCUUUUGAUAAGUCUCCGCAUACUGUCAUGCUUUCUGAGAAGUGCUUAUGGAUUCUAGGUCGGCGUAUGUUGGUUUUCCAUGGGGAUGAAGAGGGCACCGACGACAUGGGGGACGUGGAGAUGGUUAAUGUCGAAGAGAGUUCCGGCAAUGAACAUGGUUUCGGCCGCUACUCUGGUGCCACCAGUUCCAGGGCUGGUGCCGUGACCAGAGGCCACUGGAAUCGCAAGCCCAUCGUGAGCUCCAAAGGCCAAGGGGAAAGGUAUGAAGGCCCCAAAACGUCGGCCCAAGCCACCUGCAGAAGAAGUCAAGAAGGGGGCCUGGAGGAGCACCCCAAGAUGCGGACGGUGCAGUGCACCCACAAGAGAUACCGAAUGGCAUUGGCAUUGGAUGGAGGAUAA